GUGUAAUUCGUUAGAGGGUCCGUUUGGUUAUUCUUGCGUUUCCUUGUUUCACCCGAACGUUUUAUAGCGACGAACCGCGUUCCGGUUUGCAGUCUGCGUGCGCGGCUGAUUGAACCUUCUGUCAAAGCUAGCCGGGCGGCUAACAAAGCUAGCAGCAGUGAGGUGACACGUUUCUGUUGGAUUUUGUCUCCCCGACAGAGUAGCUGCAUCUCACCUGCACCACCAACAUGGGCAUUCUGGAGAAAAUCGCCGAAAUCGAAAGAGAGAUUUCUCGGACACAGAAGAAUAAAGCCACCGAGUACCAUCUGGGUUUGCUGAAGGCCAAAUUAGCCAAAUACAGAGCUCAGCUUCUGGAGCCGUCCAAAUCAGCGGCGGCCAAAGGAGAGGGCUUUGAUGUCAUGAAAUCAGGAGACGCUCGUGUAGCUCUGAUUGGUUUCCCCUCUGUGGGUAAGUCCACCUUUCUGAGCCUGAUGACGUCAACAGCCAGUGAAGCUGCGUCCUACGAGUUCACCACCCUCACCUGCAUACCUGGUGUCAUCGAGUACAAGGGAGCCAACAUCCAGCUGCUCGAUCUGCCAGGAAUCAUUGAGGGUGCUGCCCAAGGAAAGGGUAGAGGUCGACAGGUUAUUGCUGUCGCCAGGACCGCGGAUGUGGUCAUCAUGAUGCUGGACGCCACCAAAGGAGACGUUCAGAGGGAGCUUCUAGAAAAAGAGUUGGAGUCUGUGGGCAUCAGACUGAACAGAACCAAACCUAAUAUUUAUUUCAAGCCAAAGAAAGGAGGCGGCCUGUCCUACAACUCCACAGUUCCUCUCACUCACUGCUCAGAGAAGCUGGUCCAGCUCAUCCUUCAUGAGUACAAAAUCUUUAAUGCAGAAGUCCUCUUCAGGGAGGACAGCACACCGGACGAGUUCAUCGACGUCAUCGUUGGAAACCGAGUUUAUAUGCCUUGCUUAUAUGUGUACAAUAAAGUGGAUCAGAUCUCCAUCGAGGAGGUGGACCGCCUGGCGCACAGACCUCACAGUGUUGUCAUCAGCUGUGGAAUGAAGCUGAACCUGGAUUACCUUCUGGAGAGGUUGUGGGAAUACUUGGCCCUUAUUUGCCUUUAUACUAAGAAAAGAGGAGAGCGUCCUGAUUUUAAUGAUGCCAUUAUCAUGAGACGGGGAGCAUCUGUAGAACAUGUGUGCCACAGAAUCCACAGAACCUUAGCCAGCCAGUUCAAAUACGCCCUGGUGUGGGGAACCAGUACCAAAUACAGUCCUCAGAGGGUGGGCCUGACACACGUCAUGGAGCACGAAGACGUCAUCCAGAUUGUAAAGAAGUGAAGAACUUGUUGUGAUUGGACCGGACCGGCGUCAGAGGAGGAACACUGUGCAGUAGUUAUACAGCAAAGGAAAAUAACCAACGUCCUUAUUUUGUAUAAUAAGUUUAACAGUAAGUGGAAGAAAGGGAACGCUGCGGAGCAGAUCCUGGACUGAAAUCAGUUUAUGUUACCGAUGAUUUAGAGAAAAUGGGGAAAUAAAUUCCACAUUUUAAAAUAA